AUGCUAAUUUUCACACCACACACGCAGUCCGGCCCGUCCCGGUCCGGUGGCGAUCGCGUCGAACACCAUUGGCAGUCGAUCGCGCACGAAACGCGUGUCGAAUUUUGGACGCAACUGAUCGCGUACAUGGACUGUUCGCACGUGGUCCUGCUGGACAGCUUCGACUUCUUCGCCAACCGGCCAACGUUUGCCCGGCAGCUGUUUGCUCGGCUGACCGACGCUGGCAUACGGGUGUCCGUCCAGCGUCGGCUGCGGGAGGUGAGGCGGCUCCCAUCGGUGACGCACCGGCUGGCUAUUAUCGUCCCGAUCGUGAUGAAUCCAUCAUCGCCGUUCAACGCCGAGCUGGACACAUUUAUCGGACAGAUCGCGCAGGAGUCAAACUUUGUCGAGUUCUAUCGGUGGCUGUUUGUGUUUCGGGCCUCGCAUAAGAAAAGCGUUUGGCGUGCCCUUCAGCAGCUACCGAUACGGGCGGACUCACACGCGUACGCUGUGAUCGUGGUUCCCACUGCCAAGACCGUUCCCUUUGACGACCGAAUUCACCUUGAGCGGAAGAUGAUGCCACUGGAGCGGUUUGUGCGGCGCAUGCAAAUGCUGCCGCCUCACCACCCGGAAGCAGCGACUCGAACUUCGGCAAUACUGACGCUGCCCGGCCAGACGACCGCUGCCGGCUGGGUGGCGGUGUGGCAGCUGUACCGGCUUCACACGCGCAUGAAAACGAUCGAUGUUGCGAUCGAGCUGCUCGGUAGGUAUCGGUAG